AUGAACGAGAUCGAUGCCUGCCCUCAGUCCGACGAUGGCACGCUUAAAGAUGACUCUUCUAUCUUGAAGUCAGUUCGUAUGCUAGAAGAAGCCGCUCGAAUGUUUGGCCGCCCUUAUCACAACGCUCAGGCACUGGAGCAAAUUUUGAAGAGAGUUGGUUUCCAGGAUGUGACCGUGCAACGGUUUAAAUGGCCUACAAACGCUUGGGCUAAAGAUGCACGGCACAAGGAGCUCGGUUCCUGGUGCUACGAAAACUUGGCGCUUGGUUGGGAGGGCUUUUGCAUGGCCCCAUUCACUAGAGCCCUGAACUGGAGCAGAGAGGAGGUCCUUAUCCUCAUGAUGCAGGUGCGCAAGGAAUUUGGUGAUAGGAGUAUCCACGCAUACUUCCCUGUGUAA